UAAAAGCAGAGGAGCGUUAAUAACAUCAGCGAAGUUUGCCUUCUGAAUUUAUUUAAAAGAGUCGGGGGAGCAGACGCAAUGAAUCAUUUGUGCCAAGCAAAUGUUGGGAAGUUUAAUAGAGGCACCGUCAUCGUGUUCGUCUUCGCUAUUGGCUCGUUAGUUAAUUUUUGGGUUGGCAAUGGACGCUAGUGAAGAGCGCAGUAACGUGGCGUGUAUUAAAUAAAACAUUAAAAUCAUUUUCUACUAGCUUGAUUUGUUUUGCUUAAUUAUGUAUAAUGUGAUUUGCUAGCAUUCAAAUAAUUUGCAAGAGUUUUUAGUGCAGCUCCAAUCGAUUCCUUUCAUAUAAAAGUCUGUGAAAAAUGCCUAUAGUAAAAGUGCACGUACGAUGGGCAGAUAAAGAGAAUAAAAGUACGAAAAAAGAAACAAAAAUACAAUUGAAACAUAUACGAAACAAGUGUAAUGAAAUGUGCAUUAACAUAUAAUUAACUAAAAACACAUAGACAUACAUAAAUGAUAUAAAUUUAUAUACGUACGUAGUGAGAAUGAGGGUUCGGAAUCAACAAGAUAAUCCCCAAUUAUGUAAAUUGACUGAAAAUUGGAAUGUUGAAGAUAUUUUAAAGUCCAUUCCUUAUGGUAUUGUUUAAACAAAAAAAUUCCAAAUACCGUCCCUUCUUAUCAAAAUUAGUGUGCCUUUUAAGUGAAAACAAACCGAGAACUCCAACCAUCUCUUAAUAUCACCAUACCUGCAUCUUGCGAAAUCUCUAUGAAAAUAUUUAUGUAGAAAAUUUAUACGAAUUGACGCUUUGCUAUACGUAUUUCCCAAAUACACAAAGAAACGUAAACUUGUUUGGGAAACCGAAUUUACACAACAAAACACCUCAAAGAUGUCGUCACUAAAGGUUGCUGUUCGUGUUCGCCCCUUCAAUACGCGUGAAAUCGAUAUGGAUGCUCAACUUAUCAUGCAAAUGGAGGGCAAAAAGACGCGUCUCCUGAAACCGAAACUGCAAUCCAUCCGCGAUGUUGGACGAGACAAUCAUCAUGACUUCACAUUUGACUACUCUUACUGGUCAUUUGAUGAGCAUGACAGUCACUUUGCAACCCAAGAAGAAGUUUACAAAGAUCUGGGCACCGAUGUCAUCGAUUGCGCUUACGAAGGCUACAAUGCAUGUGUUUUUGCCUAUGGCCAAACUGGUUCGGGCAAAACGUUCACAAUGAUGGGCACGUCUGAUAAUCCGGGCUUGAUACCGCGCAUAUGUCAAGAGUUGUUUGCGCGCAUGCGUGUCGGCCAGGAGUCGGGUACAGGCUAUAAGACACAUGCCAGCUACUUGGAGAUUUAUAAUGAACGUGUCAAGGAUCUACUGGGACCGCAUAACGUGGGGCAUGGGUUGCGCGUACGUGAACAUCGCACUUUGGGGCCGUACGUCGAAAAUCUCUCUCAACAUGCGGUUUCGAAUUUCGAAGAAAUUCAGGAAUGUAUUGCGCGUGGAAAUAUUCAACGGACCACAGCCAGCACGAACAUGAACGAUACCAGCAGUCGCAGUCAUGCUAUUUUCACGAUAACUUUUGUCCAAGCUGUGUUUAUGAAUGACAUGCCGAGUGAAACCGUUUCCAAAAUCCAUUUGGUGGACUUGGCAGGAAGUGAGCGUGCGAAUGCUACUGGCGCAACUGGUCAACGCCUCAAAGAAGGCGCCCAUAUCAAUAAAUCCCUAGUGACGUUGGGUAGUGUAAUCUCUGCUUUGGCAGAGCAAACAAGUACCACUACUGCAACACUGGGCAGCAGUCCUGUUGGCACAACCAAGCGAAUUCUCUACAUUCCGUACCGUGAUUCCAUACUUACGUGGCUGUUGAAGGACAGUUUAGGUGGUAACAGCAAGACAAUCAUGAUCGCCGCACUCUCGCCAGCUGAUUGCAAUUACAGCGAAACACUGAGCACAUUGCGGUAUGCCAAUCGUGCGAAGAAUAUAAUCAACAAACCAACAAUUAACGAGGAUUCAAAUGUCAAACUGAUACGUGAAUUGCGCGAAGAGAUCACCAAACUAAAAUCCAUGCUCCAUGGUGAUAUUAUCACUAUGCAGCCGUCGUUGAAAGUGUUAGAAGAUCUGCAAAAGAAAGAAGCUCAAGAAAAAGUUUUAACCGAAGAGUGGACUGAAAAAUGGAAGGAGGCACAAUCCAUUCUGCAGGAACAGAAAAGUUUGGGCUUGCGAAAAUCAGGUCUUGGUGUCGUUUUGGACUCGGAAAUGCCCCAUCUCAUUGGUAUUCAUAAUGAUGUAACGACGGGUGUAACACUAUAUAGCUUAAAGGAGGGCGAGACACUAAUCGGGACUGAGGACUCCAAUACAACACAGGAUAUUGAACUUAUUGGCGAUGGCAUACGUCCGCAACAUUGCAGAAUAGUUUUGCAAGAGGGUAUCGUAACUUUACAUCCCUAUCCGGGCGCACAAUGUUGGCUUAAUGCUCAUCUUAUCGAUGAGCCAACUCAUAUAUCACAAGGCGACAUUAUCUUGCUGGGUCGCACGAAUAUCUUUCGUUUCAACAAUCCUGCCGAAGCAGCCAAAUUGCGUAAAGAUCUUAGUCGCUCGCAAGUGGAUAUGUCUCGUUUAUCGUUGAUAACAUCAUCACGCGAAAAUUUGCUAACUUCAAGCUUCUACUCGGAAGAGGAUUCCAUGAACGGUAGCAUGACCACAUCACCGUUUAAGCGGCCCGAACGUCAAUACUAUCCAACAAAGCCGACAUCUAGAGAUGAUCCAGAAUUGCAAGAUGAAAAUCGUAAAAUACUCGAAACUAUAGAAAAUGCUUUAAAACAGCUGAAUAUUGAGCGCGUGCAGAUGCAUGAUCAGUAUAAAUCGAAAGUACGAAAACUGACAGAUGAGCUCAAGCGCUUAGAAAUCGAGGAAAUGGAUAAGUUAGAUAUAUUGCGCUGCCAAGAGCAAGAGCUGCUUGCCAGAAGAGACAUGCUACUCUGGGAGAAAAACAAUGAAAAAGUGCAGAUUGAUAUCGUCUGUAGACAAAUUUCAGCAUUUCAAACUCAGCUCGAUUCUAAGAAACGAGAUUUUUCUGAAUAUGUUGCAAAAGAAUUACAAGAAUUGGAAGACUGUGGCAAAUUAGAUGAGAUUGGCAUUAAAAUUGAAGAGUUCACCCCCUUAUCGGAUCAGUUGUUGCUACAAGUUGCGGAUUCCUUAGACCUGUUUGCAUCACAAUUUAUUAAGGACACAAUUAAAAGAAAUAAUGACGAGAUUCGUAAACUGGACGAGAAAAUCACGGAAAAAGAGAACAUUUUGAAUGUCAGUACAAAGCGAAUUGCUCAAGUGGAUGAGAAAAUUUUACAGAUACAACAACAAUUGGAGAAGCUACAGCAAGAACGCAAGCAGAAUGAAGCAAACCCAGGUUCAUUGCGGCAGAAAAAACUCGAAAUGAAUUUGAACUUAGCUAAAACAACUUCCCCCAACUUGGAUGAUUCAAAUGAAACAUGUGAUACCUACCACACAGCACAAUCGGAUAUUUCACUGGGUUCGCCCACAAUUGCUGACGAUCAGAUUACACCUCUUAGUACGCUCUCGGCGACAUCAGCAGACUUAGACGACACAAGUACCACGGAAAGGGGCAUAUCUUCCAGUAUAUCAAAUAACAGUAAUCUAUCAGACAUUGGAGAGGUGACUAAUAGCAAUCUAACACCAAACCCAGCAUCCCCAAAAGCUGUAAUGAGCGAUAGCGGAGUAUACUUGGAUCCUGUUAGAACAACGCAACAACAAGCUAAUUACAAUGGAUUCUCCCAGGGUAGAGGCAAAGAUAAUAAUAAUAGGUUCUGUGAAGGAUCCGGGUUAGCCUGUGGAAAUUCCGUUUCCAAUGGUGCUGGUGUGCGAACAUCCGAUGAGGAUAGCGCAUCGUGCUCCUCGUGCGAAAUGGGUCGCAAUUCAGAUAUACCACGCCCAUAUUGCUCCAUGCAUGCACUGAGACGUAAAAUUGCCAACCAAAAGGCCUUGAUUAUGAAAAAUCUUGAAAUGAGUGUGAGCAAGGCAGAGCUGGAUAAGCAGAUUGUAGAACUGCAAGAACUCCAGCGUAGACUUAUUGCCAUGGAAAAGGAGUUGGUCGAAUCGGUAGGUGAUUGUUUUGCUGAAAGUGAUGAAUGCAGUACAUGCAUGCGAGGCGAUAACAAUGUAAACUACGAGCUAAGUCCGAACGAUUGUUUGGAUGAAUCCACCUACGUGUCCAGUAUGACACGCUCCUGCCCUUCCAUGAGAGAUUUCCCCGAAGCAGAGCAUUUCAUUACUGUACCCAGCUUUGUGAUACGCGGUGCAGGAAAACAAACGCACUAUGAAUAUGAAGUGCGCAUCGCGCUUCCCGAUGGAAAGUUAAACAUCUUAAGACGCUACAGCAGAUUUAGGGAAUUACAUUUGAGUAUGAAGCAUUGCUACGGAGCAAAGAUAAGCGCUCUACCGUUUCCACGUCGAGAAAUCUUCUCUUCCAACAGUGAAUCGGUGGCAAAACAUCGCAGACGACUGCUUGAGCUUUAUUUGCGCCGCUUGUUUGUGGUCUGCACGAAAAUACCACAGUGUCCUAUAUAUGAGGGACCCGGCGGGCCGGGCCUCACCCGAGCUACACUUUCUCAGCUCUCGCCUUUUUUCAAGAAAGGUUUGUUCGAGAACGGCAAGCACGGGACGGGAUAAUAAUUACUCUACUGCUAAAUUACAUCCUGCCUAUAUUAUGCCUUUUAGUUUAUUUUUACUAUUUAUUAAGUUAUGUUUACUGUGCAAAGUGAUGAUAUGUCGCAAUUCAAUUUUGAAAUAAUCAAUCUAUAAAUAAUCGAAUACGUUCCUAGAUUUCUGUUUUGCAAAUAUUAUAUUAUUGUGCUUAGUGAAAUUUCGGUGGAGGUCAACUCUGAAGUAUGCUUAAUCAAAUUUUAGAAUGUAUAGUAAAACUGCAUACAAAAUGAAAAACCUUGUAUUUAUCAUCAAAUGUAAAAUAUAAGUUUUAAUAGGCAAUUGUUUGAAAUAGAAAAUGUAUUUGUGUAAA